UGAUAACGCAGCUGAGUGCAUCGUCACCUCUAAGCUGCUGCUACGCAGACAGCUUGGUUAAAUGAAAAUCGGAGACUGGAGUUUAACAUGCAGUCAACAUCAGCAGAGCGUAUCUUGCUUGAGUGCAGAGAUUAAAUGAGUACAUUGUGAAAUGCAGAUUGUCAACACUUUGAGAAAAUGUGGUGUGCUACUUCUUGUUUUGGUACUGAGAAGCAUCAGGAUGAAACCAUGUUUUUGUGGUUUUUGUGAUUGCUGUUGCUUCCUUAGUCGUUAAAGAGGACUCUCAGCUAAAAACAUCCUGCUACUAUUUCUACCCAGAUUGUUUUGGUGUGAUUUGUUCAGACUUGAAAAUUAAAGGUUUGGUAAAGGUUAGUGUGUGCUGCUCAAAGCCCCCCUUUGUUGAAGUUCUUAACAUCCAGUUUUGUUUCUUUUUAAGUAGCUUUAUGUUUAGAAAAGUCAUCUUAUUCCAUUAUUUCUGACAGGGUCAUAUAUUUACUACAGUCUGUAACUCAUAAUUAUUUUUUACAUGUAAUCUCAAUUACUCAACUAAUCUUAAAUGUCACAAAAAUACCAAAAAAUGGCACAAUUUCCCAAAGCCAAAGGUGAUUUCUGCAAAGUUUAAUGUUGUGUCAGUACAACAGCCAAAGAUAAGUUGACAAAGAAAAGCUGUAGUUGAAGCCAUGUGAUGUUUCACUGAGAGAGGCAUUGAAAUCCAAGACUCUGUGUUUCUAUGGCUGCAGCAAUCCAUCGAAUGGACAUUCUUUUCAAAACACAAAAUUCAACCUGAGAUAACAAAUAUCUUCGGAAGUACACCGAGAGACGUUCGGUAUACCAAAUGUAUUCAUUUAUUUUUUGUAUAUUUAUAUGUACUUAUAUUAACUCAUAGUUACGAACACAUGGUGGCAGUAUUCCGCAGAAACAACCCCUGUCCCCAUUGGAGAGAAAAAAGGAGAAGAAAAAGAAACGGCGCGCGCUGGGUUUGAAGUCACUGCCCCGGCCUGAGAGGCUGUCUGACUCUGUUCACGUUGCAAUAGAGCGGCUUCAAUGGUGCACACGUUUUUGCGUCGAUGCGUGGUGGAACUACAAACGUCGGAACCUCGUCUGUCAUCGGUUUCCACUCGGCGACCCAGAGACACUGACCCGAGGGCUGUUUGCUCUCAACAUGGCUGUAAACACUCCGCUCCACGUUCUCCACCAAGUUAGUAAGAAGCACUUUGGGCCGGACGCCCGCUACGACACCCUGGAUCAGCCGACCCGCCGGGCCCGGCUCCUCAAGGCCGCCGGACACACCGGACACGCGCACACCUCUGAGACAGGGAACUCAUCCGUAGGCGUCACUUACCUGCAUCAACAGGGAAGGCCUCCCUCAAAAAAAGCCACCGUGCUGAACAAAGUGAACAAACCCCCUCCAGCCUCGACAGUACAGAAUGCGCCGCCUGCAGUUUUUGAAUGGGGCGCCUACCUGGAGAAGGAAACCUCUCUGGCUGCAUCAGUGUCCUGCUUCAGACAUGCUCCGCUGUGUGCCCAGUGGGAUGACGUCACUCAGGGGAUAAAGGUGGAGGUCCUGAACACAAACGCAGUGCUGCCGAGUAAAGUCUACUGGAUUGCUACUGUCAUCCAGAUUGCAGGAUACAAAGCCCUGUUGAGAUACGAAGGCUUUGAACACGACAGCAGCCGAGACUUUUGGUGCAGCCUCGUAUCGGGGGAGGUGAACCCGAUUGGAUGGUGCGCCAUGACGAGCAAACUGCUGGUGCCACCACAAGAUGUGAAGCAGAACAUCCCAGAUUGGAAAGACUACCUGAUGUUAAAGCUUGUGGGGGCUCACACUCUACCUGUUGACUUCUACCUGAAGUUGGCAGAGAACAUGAGGAACUCUUUCAAAGCGGGUAUGCGUGUGGAGGUGGUGGACCCCAAGCAUGUGAGUCGGACCCGCCUGGCCACCGUAGAAUCCAUUACCGGCGGCCGCCUGCGGCUGGUGUGCGAAGACCAAAGUGACGCCACCAAAAAUACGCUCUCUGAUUUCUGGUGCCACAUGUGGAGUCCUCUCUUGCACCCAAUAGGCUGGUCCAGAAAAGUGGGUCAUGCCAUUAAAGGACCUGCAACCAGUGUGGAAGCUGCGUCCAGCGUUUGGAAAGGUAACUGCGAUAGCUCAUUCCUGCUCUUUAAGAAGCCCAGGUUCGUUUACAUGGAAGGAGGUUUCUUUGAGGAAGGAGUGAAGCUGGAGGCGAUUGACCCUCUCAACCUGGGAAGCAUCUGUGUCUCCACUGUGCACAAGGUGCUGUUCGAUGGCUACCUGAUGGUGGGUAUCGAUGGCACCGCGUCAAACAAGGGCUCUGAUUGGUUUUGUUACCACGCCUCGUCUCAUGCCAUCCUUCCUGUAGACUUCUGUAAAAAGAACAACAUCCCUCUCACGGUACCUCAAGGCUAUGACUCUCAGACCUUCACCUGGGACAAAUACCUGAAGGAGACCAACGCUAAAGCUGCACCGGCACGACUGUUUAACGCCGACUACCCGGGUCACAGCUUCUCCCCCAACAUGAAGCUGGAGGCGGUGGACUUGAUGGAGCCGCGCCUGGUGUGUGUGGCCACCGUGAAGCGCUACGUGGGCCGCCUGCUGCUUAUCCACUUCGACGGCUGGGAGGAUGAGUUUGACCAGUGGGUCGACCACCAGUCCCCGGACAUCUACCCCGUUGGCUGGUGCGACCUCAUGCGCUACCAGCUCCAGCCUCCUCCAGGACUCGUUGAUUUGGAAAACCAGACGGCACAGACCAAGAAGUACAAGGCCCUAGCGUAUGGGAAAAGGAAAAAGAAAUAUGCAAAGAAGAGGCUCUCUCAGGACCAAGGUAAAGAUGAUGUUGGUCAGCAGCCUGAGGUCAGUGGCACUGAUGGUCCUCCUGUGCUAGAAGACCACAUUCUUCCUCCAAAAGAGCCUGUCAUCCAGCCCAAGACUGAGCCAGAGGAGCAGGAAAUCUUUGCAGUGCAGGUGAAAGUGGAGGAGGUGGAGAUGGAGACCCCCAUUGAACCUCCAGACAACCCUCAACAAGCCCCUCUUGGUAUAAUCAUUGAGGAGGCGAGAGGGGAGCAGAGUAAGUCGAGACUACAUCAGUCCCCAGAGCAGAGCAGCAGAGAAAACCUGGCGCAUGCAAAGAUGAAGCCAAGUGAACCGGCAGUAGAAAGAAGUGAAGAGUGUGAAUCGUUCGAAGAGAGCUUUAGUGGUGACAGCAACAUGGAGCAGAGCGAAAACAAGCCGAGCCAAGGAGAAGACAGUGCCAUGGAGGAAGUUUCAGAGAGCAACACAGAGCAGGACACAACAGGAGAGGCUGCUGGCAUGGAGACAUGGGAAGAGUAUGUCUGCUGAAAGAAUGAAGACGACAACUGCAGGAAAGGUGGACAAGUGAAGAGAAUUGGGCUGGCUGUGAUGGAGUAAGAUGAGAUCAUUGUGGAAAAAAACAACAAAGAAAAUAACUAAAUGAGAGACAAAAGCAGGCUGGAAUAUUUAGAGCAAAUAAAAAAGGGAUACAGUUAUGGUCCUUAAGAUGCACAGGCAACAUGCACAUGUUUCCUGUGAAUCUUGGGUUUAAAUAGGCUGUUUGAAUCCAGAGCAGGAAUGGCGGACUCUGCCACUACCAGUGAAAAGUACUGUAUAGAGGAAGUAAUUAUUCUACACUGUAGAUCCAUUGAAUAGCUAUUGAUGAAGAUUCACUGACCACAAAUAUUGGAAACGGGGUUUGGGUUUAUGAGUCAUAACUUUAAAUACUUAAUAUACCUUGAAAUCAUGACUGCAUGUAGUUCACAAGGACCAGCUUAGCCAGUUAUGGCACUACCUCGUUCUCUAUGUUGACAAGUUCCACUACACUUCGACUUAUUUUGCUUUAGCUGAGCUGAACAUGUCUAUUCUCACAUCAAACCUGUAAAUAUGAAUUCUGGGUUGGCAUAGCAGACAAAUGUUUGUUGUAAUGUUUUAUUUUUUCCUGUUUUAUAUCCAGAUGUCUUUUUUUUUUUUUUUUUUGUAAAUAUGAAGUCACUGAUUAAAAAAAAUAAAAAAUCUCAACUUGCUGAUUUGAAUGUUGUUGCAAAGUUUCUAAAUCA